AUGAUCAACAACUGGGAUCGUUACUCUGGAAACCAACUGGUUUCGUUGGCCAUGGUGUGGUCAAAUAUGGAGUUUGAUGGAAGCUCGUAUCCUCCUGAAUUAAUGGAACGAGUGAAGCUGAUGGCAGAAGGGAUUGAAGUUCUCUAAUCUACCCUAGCCCCCCCCCCCCCCAGUCAUGUAGUCAACAACAACAAAAACACUGAAUAGAAAUAAACACACAAUGUGACCUUUAUUGGGGGAAAAAUUAUAAAAGUUCCACACCUGUGUUGGUUGUUCGUUCCAAUGAAAUGUUUAACUUUUGAACAAAACACUGGAAAAAUUUCUGUAUCUUGGUCAAAAUGACAGGUACGGAAAUAUUAUUUCAAGUGUUGUGACCAACAGUGUAACAUUGAAUUUAAAUGUUAAGUUUCACUUGGUAGAGAUACAUCCUCCCCGCAAGAAAUUCUGAAAAGCUUUCAUUGUCUUUUCUGAGAUAGUUUAUGUGUAGUCUGUCUACAUUAAUUGUGUUUAACUCUUUCAGAGUAUCUCCGUAAUGAACCCUUACAAAAAAUAUUUUGCUAGAUUUACAUUGAUCCUCUUAUUUACUCGUUAUCUGAACAACUUUAGCCAAAACAAAAACAUUGAAUUGAUUUACCAGUAAUCCAGCUCAAAAAGUGAAUUGAAUAUGGACCCAAUAUUGUGCAUUGUGUGUUUAUUCUACAUAACAAUAAACAACCAGCAGACACCAAACAAUAUUGCAAUCAUUUCACGGCCCAAUGAACGCACACUGAAACAAAGAAUCAAACUUACUUGUGGUGUUCUUUUUGUUGAAGAUAUCCACCUGAAUUGAUGGAACGAGUAAAGGAAAUGGCUAAAGGCAUAUCUCUAGAUGAUGACACACCCUUGGACGUUAAAAGCAAACCAAACACCUCUGUGAGUACAUCUCAGCCUUUUGUUAAACCCAAAUCCAAACCAACACCAGAAGUGAUCCCAACGACCAACGCCUCGGAACAAGUUACGCCCAGACUUAAGGAGGAAAAAGAAGAGAGUAUCUUCCAGAAAGCUGGAGCCAGCUCCAUGGAGACGGCCAACAAGGGAUGUGACUUUCCUGGUGGGCAAGUUAAGCGAAAACUUGAAGAGACGGAAAGAGCAGGGAGUAAGUUCCAGAAGACGGAGAAUAAACCAAUUGCAAGGGAGCGGGCAGCUUUCGGAUAUGACAAACGAGGGACAAAACAAUCGAACUUCAAGAAGAGAGAUGACCAACUAGGAAAUACGAUGGUGGCGCACGAUAAAGCUGUCUCUUUACUAGCGGACAACUUGCUGAGACAGAGUAAUCCGAACAAUCACUUGGGCUCUGCACUCCACAGGCUUCACAAUGCUGGGAGCAAAUCAUCCCUGAGACCAGAUGUGGAAUUUAUUGAGAUUCCUCCCGUUGGUGGAAAGUUGCCGAAAGCGGUCAGAAGGAAUCUUGGAAUGAGCAUCAAUGAUAACCCAACUUGGCUCUGUAAUCUGUACAUGGGUGAUGUACUUAUGGCCAGUGUAGAAUCUGCCAACAAACCCAACGCUAAAACGGCUGCAGCCGAGAAGGCUGUGUCCAUCUUGGAGAGUUCCAACUAUGUCGUGAACAAUGAGAAUAAAGUGAGCCAGCUGGGAAGAAACUACAGCAAAGAGGUAGUGCCCUUUGACGACAAUUUGGAGUCGCAGAAUUUUGAAGUUAAAGCACAUAAUAUUAGUGGAACCCCAAAGCCGACCUACACCUUAGAUGGGUUUGUUCUGAGGGAUCAUGCCGUUUCAAUCUCACCAGUUAGCAUGUUGAUAAACUCUGCACAGAGUAACCAUGUUCCCAUUUUGUUCAAAACCAGCGAUAAUAUUGGAAGGCUGGAUGGUGAAAUUGGUUAUGUGUGCCACACCAUCAUCAAUGGCGUUACUGUCGCUUCUGGAGUUCACAUGAACAAAAGAGAAGUGAAACUAAUCUCUGCCGCUAAAGCUCUAGCGAUACUGAAACAAAGCUGUCCAACCCUGAAGAAGAACCUUAACAAUGCCCAGGGAGUGGCAGUCAACACCUUAGAUGGGUUUGUUCUGAUGGAUCAUGCUGUUUCAAUCCCACCAGUUAGCAUGUUGAUAAACUCUGCACAGAGUAACCAUGUUCCCAUUUUGUUUAAAACCAGCGAUACUAUUGGAAGGCUGAAUGGUGAAAUUGGUUAUGUGUGCCACACCGUCAUCAAUGGUGUUACUGUCGCUUCUGGAGUUCACAUGAACAAAAAAGAAGUGAAACAUAUCUCUGCCGCUAAAGCUCUAGCGAUACUGAAACAAAGCUGUCCAACCCUGAAGAAGAACCUUAACAAUGCCCAGGGAGUGGCAGUCAAUCGCGAUGAACUCGAACAUGUCAAAAAUAUCAAACAGCCUGAUGCAAAAAACACGGCAAUUGGUGAAUCCAACGUUGGACACAAGUUGCUGAAAAUGAUGGGCUGGAAAGGUGGGGCAUUAGGGAAGGAUGGAAUUGUAGAGCCCAUCCAAGCUAACGGGAAGAUUGGAAUGCAAGGGCUUGGGUUCAUUCCUGUGCCGAAGGAUAGCGCAACCCAAAAGCUCGACAUGAAAGCAGUUAAAAAGAUCCUGGAGAAUUUUGUGACCUCGGGGCGACGAGAUGAUCUUGUGUUCUCUGCAGACCUCUCGAACGAUGAGAGGAAAGUGAUCCAUGAAGUCUGCCAAAAAUUUCGUCUAAAGAGUAAAUCACAUGGGAAAGGACAAAAACGGUUCCUUGUAGUUUGUCAGAGACGCAAUCUCAAUGAUCUUGUUCAAGAUGUGGCAGAAAGUGGCGGGACUUGUGGACAGUAUGAACUUAUCUCACCUGGACAGUGAUUUUCAGAUAGUUUCAUGUUUUAAAGGCAAAGUAUAGAUGGAUUGCAACAGGCGUCAUCGACCGCCAUAUUUGAUGAAUUGUACACGCAUGCACUUUUCCCUUGUUAAUACAUUUAUAAUGGCAUUCGAAUGACCUGAUCGUAACCCAUCUAUACCUAAGGUGUUUGGACUUGUUUAAUUCAUUUAAUACUGUGUAGAUAAAACUACUCAAAGAACUAUGCAAAGGUUCGUUCUGCUAUCCUCUACACGAAUAGGUCUUGGAGACGAUAGCGGAACGAACCUUGUAGUUUUAGGAGUACAGUAAAAACCAACCUGUAAGUGUUCAAUUUCAAAAGGUGGUUACACUUAUUUCAUUGUAGGAAGAAAAA